AACCUCUCGUUAUCACCAAGGAGCCUGCUCCUACUAGUCUCUGGAGUCUGGACCUUGGGGAGAAGAAGAACACGGAGCUCAGUUCAAGACCGCUUUCUCUCGGGGUUUGGUGAAGGAAGAAUGGAAAGGAGCUGAAAUUUUCUUUAAAUUUGAAUUUAGAAGAUGCUGUUGGAGAGGAACCCUAGUCUUACUGUUAACCUAUUGCAGAUAGGUAGAUAUUAGACUUGAAGAGUUUUUAUUCAACAAGCGAGAAUUCAAGGAAAGGAAAGAUGACGUCUUUUUCAAAUGCAUUUCUGUUUCAAGAGGGAUCCAUGGGGGGUUUAGCAGCAGCAAGUGGUGCGCUUAUUGGAAAAUCUCAUUCUCAAAAGUUCCAGACACCAUUUGUAGGUGUAUUUCAUUCAAGCAAGCUGCGAAUUCUUGUUCGGUCAUAUAGAUACUCCCAAAGGAAGUCCAGACUAUUACCUUGUAUAAGGUGUGCAAGAAAGGAUGGAAAAUUUGAUCCAUCUUCCAUCGAACCGCCGCCAUACCAUUGUUACUUUGAUUCCACAUCCGGGCAGCUUGAGCCAGCAUCUGGUGCCCGGGCCAGUAUACCUGGGAGGGAGUACUGGCCUGAAGGAACUGCUAGCCGGGUGAGGGCAGCCAGGGCUCCUGAACCACUUGGCAAGUCGAAAGGGAAGCCUUCAUAUGGAAAAAGUCCUGGAAGCAGGAGGAAGAAGUAUAAGGGGCAGGCUGCUGCUUCCGAAACUUCAGAAAUGAGUAGUGAUGUGACUGACCCACCACCUGUGCUUGAGACUUCUGAUGAUGUUUCUGAUGAACCUAAAAACCCAUCCAAGGAAUAUGUUAUUUAUCAGACAGAACCAGAGGAAAAGAAUCUCAGUCCUUAUGAGUUGGACAAAGAAAUGGGGCGACCACAUCCCUUUAUUGAUCCAGCUUCAAGCAAGCCCAUAGAAGAGCCUCAAACAAGUCAAGAUUUGUGGUGGAAUUGGAGAAAGCCCGAUGAGGAGCAAUGGUCAAGGUGGCAAAGAAGGCGUCCAGAUGUUGACACGGUGUUUGCAAAGGCAAUGGCAGAGACUGGGCAAAUAAAGCUUUAUGGAGACUAUCCUACAAGAACUGAAGCUGCUCUUGCAAAGGCAAGAAGACAUGUAUUCAAAGAGGAAAGGCUACAAGCAGAGCAGAGGAGACUGGAAGAGAUAGGACCAUUAGCAUACUAUUCUGAAUGGGUUAAAGCAUAUAGAAAGAGGGAUACUUCACGCAAAGCUGCGGAGAAGCACUUUGAAGAAACUGGAGAAGAUGAGAACACUCAACUCAUCACAAUGUUCCAGCACCAAACUGCUGAAGAGUAUCGCAUUAUGAUGGGCACUGAUAUUCGUAUAAAGCGGGAUCCUUUAGCUAUGAGGAUGCGAGAAGAUCAAAUCAAAGAGAUAUGGGGGGGUGAUCCUGUUUACCCAACUGUGAAUUAUGUUCAAGACCCUGAUGAGAUCAUCGACUAUAGAGGUCCGGAUUUCCAUGAGCCAACACACGACAUGUUGGCCUAUCUAAUAGAGCAAGGAAAAAUGAUACCAAGGGAGGAGCUUGAGAAAAUUUUGGCCAAAGAGAAGACUCAAGAACUUGAGAUCACUGAUGUGGAUGAAGCUAUGGCAAGUGCAGUUGACAUAGGAGAGGAUGAUGAUGAGGAAGAUGGUGAGGACGAACAACAAGAGGAGGAGAAAAUUACCCGCAACUGGAGCGUUUUGAAAACUACUACUCAGCUUCGUAAGUCAAAGGAAAAACCAAAGAAGGAAGGUCCAAUGACACUAGAAGAUGCUAUAGAUGAUUCAGAGAACUUGACUGAUUUCCUUAUGGACUUUGAUGAAGAAGAAUGAUGUUUGUAACAUGCUGCUGACAGAAACCGUCUAUGACUGAUUUUAAUCAUAUUAGAGCGAAGGCGCCAGGAAGAAAGAGUCAUGGUAAAUCUGAUCGCAGGAUUGCAGAUUUCGACAAAAAUAAAUUGAUCAACUCUUGAUGCCAACAGUGUGAGCAUGUUGCAGUUCUUGUGGUAUAAAUGCUAUGCAAGAGCUUUUCCACAUGUUUCUUGAAUCAAAUGAGAGGACACAGCUGUGCAAUUUGUUGUUGUUUGAUACACGGCAGGAGCUUGGGUGGAUUCUGUAUGGCCUCGCAAUGGAAAUCUUUCAUCUUGCUUGUCAUAGUGAAUGAAAUAUUACAGGAUUCUUGGUUCCUUGAAAAGGCUAUGGACCAAGUGGCUUGAGCAUUGAUGAGUAUCCCAGUCUGUCCAAGCCACUACCAUUGUCACAAUCUCUCGAUGAACUCGGACAAGUUGUCCCAGAAUAAUUGAAGUAUUCUAAUUAUCUGUAAGUUCUUUGGUGAACUCAUCUGAUCUCCAUGAGUUGGUUAAUUAUUGUA